AGAAGAAAAAAAAAAACAUAGAGAGAAGAGAAGAGAUAUCAAAUGGCGGAGAAAGACCAAGUGAAGCUUUUGGGAAUAUGGGCGAGCCCUUUUAGCCGUCGGGUCGAGAUGGCUCUCAAACUCAAAGGCAUACCGUACGAAUACGUGGAAGAAAUAUUGGAGAACAAAAGCCCUUUGCUUCUUGCUCUUAACCCUAUUCACAAGAAAAUCCCUGUUCUUGUCCACAAUGGUAAAACCAUUCUUGAGUCUCAUGUGAUUCUUGAAUACAUCGAUGAGACUUGGCCACACAAUCCAAUUCUCCCUCAAGAUCCUUACGAAAGAUCCAAAGCUAGAUUCUUUGCUAAACUCGUCGAUGAACAGAUUAUGAAUGUGGGGUUUGUAUCAAUGGCAAGAGCAGACGAGAAAGGAAGAGAAGUUUUAGCCGAGCAGGCACGAGAACUGAUUAUGUAUCUUGAGAAAGAACUUGUCGGAAAAGAUUACUUCGGUGGCAAGACUGUCGGAUUCUUGGACUUUGUCGCCGGAAGUUUGAUUCCGUUUUGUUUGGAGAGAGGUUGGGAAGGAAUAGGUUUGGAAGUGAUUACAGAGGAGAAGUUUCCAGAAUUCAAGAGAUGGGUUAAGAAUUUGGAGAAGGUUGAGAUUGUGAAAGAUUGUGUUCCACCAAGAGAGAAACAUGUAGAACACAUGAACUAUAUGGCAGAGAGAGUGAGAUCUUCUUAAUUAAUUAAGACAACAAAUCAUGUUUAGUUCUUGAUCAUGCAAUGUUUGUAUGGUUAUGUUGUUGUUUAUUCUAAUGAAUAAGGAUUUCUUUUAAAAAAUAUCUUUUAUGUUGUGUGGUUGAGAGAGUGAGGUUUUAUUAUCAUUUCUCACGUUAUCUUAUUUGGUCCCCACGGUCACUCUCUAGAAUUAAUGUUAUUUUGUUCGCAGUAAA